CAGCUCGAUUUUUUGGGUGAAGUCUCGAUCUUUUUCCCGAAGUAGGUUUCCUCUGCGAGCUGCACUUCUAUAUCCUCUUUCUUGCACCUUUUGCAUUUAAUUCCCUCAAUUGACCACCUAUCUACUUGACAUUUCUCAUCCCCUUCACCACCAUGGCCACUACAAGUUCCGCCCCGUCUACUGUCUUCCCGCGGAGCCAUGUCGGUUUCGAUAGCAUCACGUCUCAGAUCGAACGGAAGCUGCUGAAGCGCGGCUUCCAGUUCAAUGUCAUGUGUGUUGGACAGACAGGUCUUGGGAAAUCCACUCUGAUUAACACUAUCUUCGCCUCGCACCUCAUCGACUCGAAAGGUCGCUUGACCCCUAACGAACCCGUACGGUCGACCACAGAGAUUCAAACUGUUUCCCAUAUCAUUGAGGAGAAUGGCGUCCGUCUCAGACUCAACAUCGUGGACACUCCCGGAUAUGGUGACCAAGUCAAUAAUGACAGAUGUUGGGACCCAAUUGUGAAAUAUAUCAAGGACCAGCACUCGGCAUACCUCCGCAAAGAGCUUACUGCGCAGCGUGACCGCUACAUCCAAGAUACCCGCAUUCACUGCUGUCUGUUUUUCAUCCAGCCCUCCGGCCAUGCUCUGAAACCUAUUGAUAUCGUCGUUCUGAAGAAGCUGUCCGACGUUGUCAAUGUCGUGCCUGUGAUCGCCAAAGCCGAUUCGCUCACCCUCGAAGAACGCCAGGCGUUCAAGGAGCGAAUUAAGGAGGAGUUUGCCUUCCACAACCUCAAGAUGUACCCGUACGACAAUGAUGAGCUUGACGAUGAGGAACGUGCUGUAAAUGCCCGCAUUAAGGACAUCAUUCCUUUUGCCGUUGUUGGAAGUGAGAAGACUAUCGUCGUGAACGGCCAACCUGUCCGUGGGCGUCAAAACCGCUGGGGUGUCAUCAAUGUGGAGGAUGAGAGCCACUGCGAAUUUGUUUCACUGCGGAACUUCCUUACCCGUACCCAUCUUCAAGAUCUUAUCGAAACGACAAGCCAGAUCCAUUACGAGACCUUCCGUGCCAAGCAGCUUCUGGCAUUGAAGGAGAGCAGCGCUGCGGGCGGUCACACUAGCGGCAGCCGGCCGAUUAGUCCCUCCGCUGACAGGGAACUAAGCCGCAACUCGCAGCGUGUCACGAUGAACGGCUACUAGCUGGGCGAGGAGUAAUAACCCGUUUAAAAUAAAGCUUAGUCUUCUAGGGCCAGCUACUCUCCGCAGGCGAACGACUCAAGACUUUAGCUCUCGCGAAUAUUUGCUUCGUUCUAUACUCUACCUCCGGACUCCGUAUUACCACCCACUUCCUUAUCAGCAUGCUCUUACAGAUAUCCCUUUUUAACUCUAGGUUGUUGUUUUUUCGUUAUAAUUAUUGUUAUCCUCUUCCCAUUACAAGGGAGAAUGACUGGGUUUACCUCAAUUUCCUACUAUUUCGUUUUGUGCGUCCCGAAAAGAGAACUAGCAUGCGAGCAUCAGCGUCGAUCUCGUCAUUUCAUGUACUUAAUUUCCUUAAUAUUCAGGUU